AUGUCGUCCGACAUCAACCCCCCUGUCUCCAACACGGGAUCCGCUCCUUCCCAGUCCAUCGCAGAGACUGCCGAGGAGAUCCGCAAGACCGAGCAAAGGGCCGACCGCGCCGCGCAACGCAUGUCCGCACUCAUCGAGCUCCUGGUGCAGCUUGUCCAGCUGGUCAAGACCAAGAAGACUCUUCAGGCGCAGCCCGGAGCUGAACCCCUCGGCCCCAAGCUUCAAGAGGCCGCCGACGAGGCUGCCGCCAUCGCCGCCGAGUUUGCCCACAUCGCGACCGCGCGCAAGGGAGUGUCCGCAGACAAGACUCAGCAGCUCGCCGACGGGAUCCUGCGUCUUUCGACCGACCUUGCCGAGCUUUCCGCUGGUUGGUGA